GGGAAAGGGGAGGGACUCCCGACAAGUCAGGGGCGCUGCUGUGCUUCUUCCCCACUGAGCUGCGGCGGUGCUGCUUUUAAAUCCUAAAAAAAACACACACACACAUCUAGUGCGCUGUUUUAGCAGAAGAUACUGCGUUACAAAGCGGAGUGGUUUAUUUAUUUAUUUUACACGUUGAUACCCGUUUAUUGCGGCUCAACCCGGCCUGAUCUUAUGCGUGCCGUGCAAUACGCAGAGGGGAAAAAAGCCUGUAGCGCAGGCUAACGGCGGCAGGGCUCAUUGCUACAAGUUUGCCCCGUGAACUUUGCCACAAUUCAGAGCGAUGACCAGCCCGCCGAUGCUGCUGCGGCUGGGAAGGAGAGCCGCCCCGUCGCUUAUCGGCCGGUGUCGCGCUGCAGGCACCACCACGCUUUUCGGAGUUCGCCCGGCGGUUCCGAGGCGCUUCAUCAUCGACACGUCCUACUCGGCGCACUUCAUGGAUUUCAAAGGCUCCUCCAUACCGAGCAGCAUGAAGAAACUGGUCGUCACCAAGCUCAGCCAGGAUUUCAGAGAGGCCGUCUCUGUGCGGACCGUCGCCGUUCCGACGCCCGGAGACGCAGAGCUCCUCGUCAGGAAUCGCUUUGUGGGAAUUAACGCCUCUGAUAUCAACUACUCUGCAGGUCGCUAUGACCCCUCGGUAAAGCCCCCCUUUGAUGCCGGCUUUGAGGGAAUCGGCAAGGUUGUCGGCCUUGGCCUCAGCGCCAGCUCUUGUUACACCGUUGGGGACAUGGUGGCCUACUUUGGCAGCGGUGGCGCAUUCGCGGAGUACACUGUGGUUCCCGCCAAAGAGAGCGUACCUGUUCCUUCGAUGAAGCCGGAGUUCCUCACGCUGCUGGUGAGCGGCGCCACGGCCUACAUUGCCAUGAAUCGCCUGGGCAACCUGGCUAAGGGCGAGACCGUUCUGGUUACAGCGGCUGCCGGAGGAACGGGACAGUUCGCCGUGCAGUUCGCCAAGCAAGCCGGCUGCCAUGUCAUUGGGACGUGUUCGUCCGACGAGAAAGCCGGCUUCCUUAAAUCCAUCGGCUGCGACAGACCAAUCAACUACUCCACAGAAGAUCUCGCUAAGACGCUGAGGAAGGAGUACCCGCAGGGCAUAGAUGUGGUGUAUGAGUCAGUGGGAGGCAGCGUCCUGGAGCUCGCCGUGAACAGCCUGGCCAAUAAGGGCAGACUGAUAGUGAUCGGCUUCAUUUCAGGCUAUAAGACUGCUGCAGGCAUCAGUCCUUUCAAUGGAGGGAUGCUGCCAGUCAAGUUGCUCCAGAAGUCGGCCAGCAUGCGGGGUUUCUUCUUGCCCCACUUCAUCGAGGACUACAAAGAGGCCCUGAGGAGCAUGAUGCAGAUGUUUGCCAAGGGGGAGCUGGUGUGUGAGGUCGAUUGUGGGGAUAUGGCUCAGGAGGGCAGAUUUGUGGGGCUGGAGUCAGUUUUCAGGGCAGUGGACUACAUGUAUGCUGGGAGAAAUCUGGGCAAGGUUGUGGUCGAUGUUGCACCUCCGACUGUUGGUGAUAGCAAGCUGUGAUUGACCUUAAUAAUGAUGCACUUAAAUCAAAUCAAACUGUGAACAACUUUAUGUGGCCUUAGAGUUUAGGUCCUAUUUUCAUAAGAUCUUUGCACAAAAAAGAAUGAUUAAUAAACCUACAUUAAAGAUUUGAA